AUGACUCGAUAUCCCAAAAACAGAACUAAAGCUGAUAUAAUGAAAUCAUCCAUUGAACGCUCCUUUUACGAUUGUCCUUAUUACCACUUGGGCUAUUACCCUGUUUAUGCGUAUCAGGGUGGAGGAGGUAUGGGCAUGGGUGGUAUGGGUAUGGGUGGUAUGGGAAUGAAUCCAAUGAUGGGUGGAAUGGGCAUGAAUCCUAUGAUGAUGGGUGGUGGUGGAAUGGGCAUGAUGGAUCCUAUGAUGAGCGGCAUGGGGAUGGGAGGCAUGGGAGGCAUGGGAAUGGGUGGUAUGGGGAUGGGCGGUAUGGGGAUGGGUGGUAUGGGAAUGGGAGGCAUGGGGAUGGGUGGUAUGGGAAUGGGAGGCAUGGGAAUGAACCCAAUGAUGGGCAUGGGUGGUAUGGGCAUGGGCAUGAACCCUAUGAUGAUGGGAGGAAUGGGUAUGGGUGGUAUGGGUAGUUAUGGAAUGUUGGGUGGUGGACUUGGAUCAGGAGCAUACGGAGUUGGUAUCCCUUCCCCUUACACCUCUACUUGUCUCUUUGGCGACUACGGGAUGGGAAUGGGAGCUAUGCCAGGCGGUAUGAUGGGCGGUAUGGGAGCUGGAAUGGGUGGAUAUGGUAUGGGCAUGGGAGCGCCGAUGGGUUAUUAA